CCCCGCCCCGGCAGCGCGGCCUGUGCGGAGCGGCCGCGGCCACGGCCACGGUGCGGGCAGGUGGAGCCUUUUUCCUCCAGGAUGGCAUCGAGGCUGGUUCCAAAGGUGAAUUCCAAACAGGGAGGAUCUCCAUGCAGGGAGAAGCAGGUGGCUCUGCUCAGCCCCCUGGGCAGGAUCGAGAUCUCGGGGUGUGAAUCGGGCGUACAUGAAAUCAAACUUCCCAAAACGAGCCUGCUGCCAAGUGGCAGGGCAGAGCCCUGGGUGGCUUGCGAGGUGUGCGAGGGGCCCGAGGAGAUGCCGGAGCCCCUGCAGCAGUGCACGGCCUGGCUCCGAGCCUACUUCUGCGAGCCAGCGACCACAGAGACCCUGCCCGUGCCAGCCUUGCACCACCCCCUGCUCCAGAGAGAUUCCUUCACCAGGCAGGUGCUGUGGACCCUGCUGAAGGAUGUCAGGUUUGGGGAGGCUGUUUCCUACAAGCAGCUGGCAGAUCUUGCUGGCAACAGCCGGGCAGCCCGAGCCGUGGGGGGAGCCAUGAGGAGCAACCCGAUCCCCAUCCUCAUCCCGUGCCACAGGGUGAUCUGCAGCAGCGGGGCCAGCGGGAACUACGGCGGGGGCCAGCAGAUGAAGGAGUGGCUGCUGUCCCACGAGAAGCUGCAGAAGGAGAAGUUGGCGCGUCCGGGCGGCCGCUGAGCAGCCACAGCGCACAGCCACGGCUCCUUGGCUCGUAACGAGCUCUCAGAGCACCCAGCAGAACUCAGGGAAAUGGUAAAUAUUUGAGUGACACGUAAAUAUAAUGCAACAUCCAAAGUGAAAUGUGUGGUGGCACCACUAUAUUAAAGAAGCGGGAUGCGUCCUGGGGGAGGCAGCUCGGCUGCCCUUUCUUGUUUUUACAUUUUACAGCAGAAUGACUACAGCGAUCCGGGCCUGUUGUGCAUGGAUUUUGUUCCCAUCUCCAGCCCUGUUUUGUUCUAUUUUUAAUGUCCAUUAAAGCAGGGAUAAGGGAGUGGGAGGGACGUGGCAAAUGUGAGGUGGAAGCUUCCCCCUGAGGAGGAUUCUGGCUCGCGGCGAGUGGCCCAGCCUGGCACGUCCCUGCCCAGCUCCCCCUCCCCACUUUGGGGCAGAAAAUGGUGUUUUACCUGCCCAGGGGUUCAGGGAGCACAGUGGGAUCUGUGCAAAAGCAGACAGCUGUUGAAUUCCUUACUCCUGCCUUUUCUUUUUGGAUGGGGACAUGGGAAUUUUUUUUUUUUUUUUUUUUGCGUAGAGGAGGGGAAGUGGUGUUGCCGACAAAUUGUAUAUUUUGGAUAAGCAGUUUGAUUAGCCAAACUUGGCAAAAUACUGAAAAGCUCAGCAUAGUUGCUUCUUUAUCAGCAGCACAUUCCUUUAUCACUUGAGUUUUCCUUCAGAUUUCCAUGUUUCUCUGUUAUCCAAAGCUUUAUUUCCUGUAGCCUCUCCAUUGGAAGGAUUCAAGAGACAUUAAAGUUAAAUUUUGAGGUGGUUUUAGCAGGGUUCUCUGCAAGUACGAGCCACCAGAAGCUGAAAUUUCCAGUAUGGGAAUCGUAAAUUGUAACGUGGAAAUACUGAUUUUUUUAUGUGUUUUAUCAUAUUUUCAUGGAUGUCUCUUUAGAAAGGCCAUUGCUGCCCCCCAAAAAUGAUUGUGUGGCAAUGCGUUAGUUAAUCCAGGAUUAUUGAUACCUCGGAAUUACUUCAAUAAAAAAACUGCUUUGCA